UCACAAGGAACGUGGCUAUUCUGUGGUCCAUUCAGUUAGGUACCAGAUUUUGAGUUGAGCGCUUGUCUGCCAUACUAAAGACCUCGCGAGUGAAGAACAUUUAUUGGGUGAUUUUAAAGCAUUCAUCUGUACAAACAAACAGUGAAAUACUGCUGCAACGAAACACAAUUCACCGUGGUGGCUGAUAAAAAUGUGUUAAAACUUAUGCGACAAGCCAGAAGUGAAGAGUAGUGGAACAAACUUAUCCUACGUUACGUUACAAAGUAAUUGAAAGCAAUGUACUUCGAGGGCAAAUAUCUUUGCUUUCUUUCGUUGGUGAUCUUCUCAAUCAGCGGUGUUGCGUAUACCGCCCAACGCACGAAUGAUGCUGUGGCCGACGAAGGCAGCCCAUUCCUUGACAUGGCGACCGAAUUUCUGUCCACGUUGGGAAAUCAACAGGGCGGUGGAGGUGGUGGCGGUGGUGGCGGUGGUGUUGCCGGACUUUCCGGGAUCGCUUCUAUGUUGCUGCCACUGAUGGCCAAUGCUAAUAGUGGUGGUGGUGGUGGGAAAGCUAGUGGAAAUGAUGGUAUGGGUGCGAUUCUGUCGGGCCUCGGAAGCAUGUUGGCAGCCGGUGCGAACGGAGGAGGAGCCGCCGGUGGGGGUGGAAAUGGAGGAUUUGAUCCUGCAUUAAUCGGAAAUGUGAUUCAAAUGUUUGCUGGAGCGGCUGGUGGUAGUGAUGGAGCAGAUGAUGCGGCCGAUGAGCCUGUUCGACGUCAGCAGCAAUCUGGCAGCAAGCGUCAGAAGCGGAAAGCCCAAGCCGAGCAGGGACAGAACCCGCUCGUAGAUACGAUGCUCACGAUGGCUUCCAGCUGGUUAGCAAACUACAACAAUGCCGAACAAGAUCGAGAGCCCUCAAACGCUGGUGGAGCGGACGCAUUGCUCAAUCUGUUGCCGUUGGCUGUUCAAGCAUUCCAAUCGUUUACCGGACCAGAAAUGGAACGUACCCAUGCAAAGCAUAAAGAUCAUUCCUGGGUGUUGCCACCGUUCCUGGAAAACAUCCAUGUAAUGUGGGACCAGUUCACACAAUCCGAGCUAGCGGAAGCACUUUGGAUGAAGCUGGGUUUGAAUACCGUCUUCAAAGGUUUCGUCGGACGUGAUGGUAAGCUGGACUACGACAAACUGUUCCAAUCACUGCAAAACCAAUCGUUCCGCCGGCGCUGGAUUAAGGCAGCGACGAUUUAUCUAGCGGAGUGGGUGAACUACAUCGCCAACCCGGAGGUUUACCAACGAUACGUUGCCACUGGACAAAUGAUGGCCAAUGGAUUCCUGCAAUCACAGGGAUAUCCGAAACAAACGUUCCUAGAUAUUAAUCGACCGAGCGAGACGAUCUCGCACUUGAUCGAUCAUGUUGCAAAACGCCAUCUGGCGGUCAAAAUUUCCUCCAUUCAAUAUGUGAAACCGGCUGUAAACUACGUUAAGGAUCUGUUAAAGCUAGGCAAGGCUAAACAGUUCCUACAGCAGUACAAUGUGACGGAGAUGACGGAUAAGCUGACCGACACGCUGAAUCUUGAGGUUAUUGAACCGGUGCUGAAGGUCCAUCGAGCUUACCGUCAGGCGAUCGUAACACCUCACUGCGAUAAAUACAUCCUGUGCGAGAUCAACUCACACGAUCCGAACGAAAAGUUAGGUCUCGGUGGCUUUAAGCGUGGUGUGACUAGAUUCGGUAGCAUGGCAGCCGCUUGGUUUAUCGCGCAGGAAACACACACUCCCUUCUGGACGCUCUUUGCCAUCAUUAACGAUCCACACCAUUGCGAUGUUAAGCAUCCGGUCGAUUGUUUAGAGUACCAUGAAAGUGAAAACCGUGUCACCACGGAAUAUCCGCACAGUGAGCUUUAGAACUGGUACGGGGGAAGUGGUACGUGGGACGGUAUCGGGAAACGAGCGUUAGCGGGCAAGUGUCAGACUACUCACGCUCGUUUCCGUUGUUAGUUUCAAUUUGUCGAUUUCAUUAACGAUCAGUUUCAAAAGCAUAAUUGCUUCGGAACCGUAUUUUUGAGAUUGACAAAAUGAAUAUCCAGAAAAAAACACGAACAAACACGUGAUUGUUGACCUAAAACCACACAAAAAACUAGUGAUCUUUUGUCGAUUAUAGUACUGCGCCUAAAUGAUAGUCACAGUCGUUGCUGUUAGGGUUACAAAUUAACAUUCGAACUUGCUGCCCGUGCACAUGGAUGAAAGGGUGCGAAUGAUCGAUCGUAUGGUUAGAAUUAGGAUUAUAAGGCGUGAGUCUGAUUGCUUUUAGUAAGACACACAAAUAAGCAGAAGUAAAAUAUUAUAUUUUUAAAGUUUAGCAUGCAGUUGUAGACUUCCCACAUCGAUUUUCCGUACCGGGACAAAUGGAAGCGAUGGUUGGAUAACUACUCCGGAAAUGAUCGUAACAUGAUCGAUAAUGUAGUUGCUAUCAGGAUUAAAUUAUUAUGGUGGAUUGAAUUUUGCAUAACCCUCAGCUGUGCAAUUUCAAAACCGUUUUCAAGAGAUAUUUUAAUUUAGGGUGCUUAACAUUCCCCGUUGACAUUGGCCUUGAAAUUCGGCACUUACGAUAUUCUGGUGUGCUUUGAUAGUGGGAUAAUAGAUAGAUGUUAAGCUAGCAGUAUUUAUCGACCUUAUGUUUAUGCGCUUUUGUGCAUAUUAUUUGAGUGUUUAGGAAUGUAUGUUUGCGUAAAAUGAUUUUUCGCAAUACGAUCGAAUGCU